AUGGACGCUCCCCUCAAUUUCGAUGGCGUCGGCCGUGAGUUUGAUAAAUGGCUUGACUGGAAUGGCUCGGUCAACAACACCACAGACAACCAUACUGCGCCUAACAAAGACUUUGUCGAUCCUGGCACUCUCUUCCAACUUCCCAUAUCUCCUUCUUCCACCACCAAUGGCGAUGGUCACAAUCCCUUUGUGAAAAACGAACUCCUCACCGCCCCUCCUCCCGUUGAUAUCCUUACCCCCCGGCACAGUUCGGCUUCUCCAGAGUCCCGUUCUAGUAUCGACAUCAGACUCAGUGGCGAUACACUACGUGAUCAACAUUCUCCCACUGAACGCCCAAUGCUCAAAAGAAAACUAUCGCCCUCCGAUGUGCCCACCACAGAUUACUCAAAAGACACCCACGUACCAGCGGCCAAGAAGCGUCCUCACAAUGUGAUCGAAAAGCGAUACCGAGCAAACUUGAAUGAGAAGAUUGCCGAGCUACGGGACAGUGUACCAAGCCUUCGCAGUAUAAAGAAGACUAAAGGACGAGACGGGGACAAUGUCGACAGCGACGACGAAGAUCUUGAUGGUCUUGCUCCCAGCAACAAACUCAACAAGGCCUCGAUCUUGACCAAAGCAGUCGAGUAUAUUCGGCAUCUGGAGUUCCGCACCAAAAGAUUAGAAGACGAGAACAAGGCUCUUAAAGCACGCCUCGAGACCUUGGACAAGGUCAUUGCUGCGGGCGGACAAGACGCCCAGCGAACGGCUGCCUUCACAAGUAACACGAUUAUAGAGGAGUCUUCUGAACCCAUUUCUGCCGAAAAUGUCUCGAAAACAGACCAAUCAUCCUCAACUCCAGCACAGGGUCUCAUUCCAGUCCCCGACAUCUGGCGAAAAAUGAGACAGAGCCAGCCUGAGGAACAUUAUGGCCAUAUCUAUCAAACAGCUAAUGAACGGACCAGAUUCAAGGGCAAAUGGCCCACAAGGAUCAUGCUGGGCUCACUUGCCGGACUUAUGAUUAUGGAUGGUCUUACGGAAUCAGACACUGGUACUGAGUCUCGUGAGAAAGGCCUCUUUGGCAUUCCACUGGAGCUCCUCGACGGGUGGCAGUUUCUACGAUCUCCCAGAAUUUAUCUCGCGGCUUUUAGCCAAUUCUGUCGAACUGGAGGCAUCAUUCCCCUCGUCAAAGGAUUUUUCGCUUUGACGGUUCUGGCCUUCCUCAUUUUCUCAUACCUAUUCAACUCAAAACCAACACCCAAGGACGACCUGGAAGAACUCGGCACAUCCGCAAACCAAGCACCGGCCCCAGCCUCACCCAUCGAAGUACGAAGGAGGGCAUGGAGCACGAGCAUGCAAGCUCUUCACCUCCCUCACCAUAGCUUCUUUCCGGAGUGGUUAGCCAUCACUUCCGAGUGGUUCAAGUACACCUUUGGUUACAUCUUCGGUCCUCGGGCCUAUGCCUGGCUUACUAAACGGACCGUCGAAGAUGACGUGGCUCGGAUCAAAGCCUGGGAUAUCGCGAUCGAUGCUCAAUUAGCUGGCGGAGAUGUUGAAGUCAGUCGGAGUAGGGUCGUGUUAACCAUUUUCGGAUCCGGGACAUUGCCUUACACACCCCUGAGGCUAAUGUUGAAAGCUCUCCACUGUCGAGUUUUAUUGUGGAACGUGGGCUCACUCGGAACAGCGACAUCCAGGCUCGCUAACCGUGUUGGGCAAUACUUUGCAAACAGGCAAUGGCGGCGAGCCAAGGCCUCGCACGACAAGCUACCACUCCAACAUUCAGACCGACUCCCGCGUUAUCUGACGGAAAUGCUCAAUCUGCCUUGUGAUGAUGUCUUCCUUGAUACGGUCUGCCAAAGGGCGUACAACCUCAUGUACGAUCUACCAACACAGGAGCAUUCCUCCAAUGAGCUUCUGGAUGUUGUUGUUGAUGAUCAUGCAGUAAGAUCACCGCUUGAUGCAGUUGCCGCCUGGAGGUCAACCCAGGCUUUGACUCAGGCUCUAGAAUCGACCCUGCAGUCCCCUGAUUCUCCUGAACUUGCUCAAGAGCAUCUCAACUACGCAUUGAAAAUUGCUCCCGUGGGCUCUACAGCUGAAACCCGAGCUCUAGCCGCAAGCUCGGUCUUCAGUACGGCGAAUCGGAAUGCUUUUUUGGUGCGAGCUUCCAAGGCAAUGGACACCGCUCUACCUUCUGAUACCAAAACCACAAUGCAAAGCCGACCACCGUAUUUCAUCGAUUCCUCCACUCCAUUAUCGGCAAGAGCCGAUAUAAUCAAUUGCCUGCAUUGUGCUAAAACUCUUCAGAUUCUCGAUUGUGAGGGCAAUGCUCAGAAAGCUCUUGCCUUUUUCUCCUCUAAGAAUAUCGAUGCCACAUCUACGAACCUCAUGACCCAAGCCGCGGCUAAGCAUCUUAUCCGACGCUUGUCGAGCAUAGAAAUAUCAAAUGCAAAUGGUGGAGAAGAGGUUCGACACCUACUUCACGAUUUCACACGCGUCGCUGACAUUUUGGACGUUGCAAGAGCCAUGAAGUUCUCAAGACGAUCCAGCAUCCUCAGCGAUGAUACUGGCUACGAGAGUCAGGACGAGUCUAUCUCGUCGUGGGGUCUUGAUCAAGACCUACGUUGUGUCGAACUAACAACUCCGGCAUUGAAUGCUGAGUUUGUGGUGUAA